CAAGGCGGUGAGAGGGGAAGAAGCAAGUGACCCAGGGAGUCAGGCACUUGAGAGGGGUAGGCAGGUUUGAUCAGGACCCCCAACCCUUCCUGGAGGAGGUGGCUGCUGUCCAGGUGGCCCAGGAGACAUCACCUUGGAGCGCCAGCAGCUGCCUGCAGAAUCUUCCCAUCAGACUUGCUUUCUCCCACUGCUCAGCUCCGUGCUCUGAGACUGAAGUGGGGGCUGGAACUCGCUGCGCUCCCACUGUCAUGGGACCCAGGAUAGGACCAGCAAGUGAGGGGCCCCACGUCCCGAACAAGGACACCAAGGCUACAAUGGACACAGAAGACAUCCCUGGAGGCAAAGCCAGCCCACAUCCUCGGAACUCAAGGCCACGUGUGUUCCAGAGCAUCAAGUUCUUCGUCCUGUGCCACAGCCUGCUGCAGCUGGCACAGCUCAUGAUCUCUGGCUACCUCAAGAGUUCCAUCUCAACCAUAGAGAAGCGCUUCGGCCUCUCCAGCCAGACCUCAGGGCUACUGGCCGCCUUCAAUGAGGUGGGUAAUACAACUUUGAUUGUGCUUGUGAGCUACUUUGGUAGCCGAGUGCACCGGCCCCGCAUGAUCGGCUGUGGGGCUGUCCUGGUAGCCCUGGCAGGCCUGCUCAUGAGCCUCCCCCACUUCAUCUCGGAGCCAUACCGCUAUGACCACACCGGCCCUGAGGACACGUCUCAGGACUUGGCAGCUUCCCUGUGCCUGCCCACGACCCCAGCCCUGGCCCCUGACUCCUCCAAUGGCAGCUGCUCCACCUUCACAGAGGUCCGGCAUGUGACUGUGGUGGGCGUCAUGUUUGUGGCACAGACCCUGCUCGGCGUGGGUGGGGUGCCCAUUCAGCCCUUCGGUAUCUCCUACAUCGACGACUUUGCCCACGACAGCAACUCACCCCUCUACCUUGGGAUCCUGUUUGCUGUGACCAUGAUGGGGCCAGGCAUGGCCUACGGGCUGGGCAGCCUCAUGCUGCGGCUCUAUGUGGACAUUGACCGGAUGCCGGAAGGUGGUGUCAGCCUGACCCCGAAAGACCCCCGAUGGGUGGGUGCCUGGUGGCUGGGCUUCCUCAUCUCAGCUGGCAUGGUGGCACUGGCUGCCAGCCCCUACUUCUUCUUCCCCAGGGAGAUGCCCAAGGAGAAGCAUGAGCUUCACUUCUGGCGAAAGGCAGUGGCAGGUGCCACCUCAUCUGUCAGCAAGGUUGAGGACUCUCCCUCUGAACAGAGCCCUGGGGAGUCCUCAAAGAAGCAAGAUAACCCAGCCCAAGUGGCAGCAGACCUCACUGUGAUCCAGUUCAUCAAAGUCUUCCCCAGGGUGCUGCUGCGGACCCUGCGCCAUCCCAUCUUCCUGCUGGUGGUCCUGUCUCAGGUGUGCAUGUCAUCCAUGGUGGCAGGCAUGGCCACCUUCCUGCCCAAGUUCCUGGAGCGCCAGUUCUCAGUCACAGCCUCCUUCGCCAACAUGCUCAUUGGCGGGCUCACCAUCCCCACGGCCAUCGUGGGCAUCGUGGUGGGGAGCAGCCUGGUCAAGCGCCUCCACCUGGGGCCCAUGCGCUGUGCAACCCUUUGCCUGCUUGGGUCACUGCUGGCACUGGUAGUCAGCCUGCCUCUCUUCUUCCUUGGUUGCUCAGCCCACCAGAUCGCAGGCAUCACUCUGCAGCCUGGCACCCAGCCCGGAGUGGAGCCAUUUCCGGGCUGCAUGGCACCCUGCUCCUGCUCCGUGGAUGGCUUUAAUCCCGUCUGUGACCCUGGCGCCGGUGUGGAGUACAUCACACCCUGCCACGCUGGCUGCACAGCCCAGGUUGUCCAGGCGGACCAGGAUAAGAACAAGGUUUUCUAUAGCAACUGUAGCUGCGUAGCUGGGGGAGGCCCUGUGUCUGCCGGCUCCUGCGACUCUGCCUGCAGCCACCUGGUGCUGCCCUUCAUCCUGCUGGUCAGCUUGGGAGCAGCCCUGGCCAGUGUCACCCACACUCCCGCCUUCAUGCUCAUCCUAAGGGGAGUGAAGAAAGAAGACAAGACUUUGGCCGUGGGCAUCCAGUUCAUGCUCCUGAGAGUCUUGGCCUGGAUGCCGAGCCCUGUGAUCCACGGCAGCGCCAUUGACACCACCUGCGUGCACUGGGCCUUGAGCUGUGGGCGUCGCGCUGUCUGCCACUACUAUGACCUUGACCUGCUCCGAAACCGGUUUGUUGGCCUCCAGUUCUUCUUCAAAACUGGUUCUCUGGUGUGCUUCGCCUUGGUUCUGACUGUCCUGAGGCAGCAGAACAAAGAGGAAGAGACCAAGGCAACUGCGUCCAGCCCUGGCCCACAGCAACAACUGCUAAUGUCAGGGCAAGACAAGAAGCCAACGGAUUCCAGUGUGUGAGCUGUACUGGUACUCACCCUGGCCAAGAGUGGCAGGCACAGUGGUAGCUGCUCAGGGUCCCUGCCCAAGACUGAUGUCAGGAACACUGUUCUGCAUCUGGCUCCACCACUAAACUGUGAGGGACUUAGCACACCCCUCUCCCUGGGCCUUUAUUUUCCCAUCAGAACCAACGGCUUGAGGAGGUUGUAUUGAUUGACCACUUCUGAAGCUAGAGGGUCUUCCCAAGUCCUCCCCCAGCAGCCAGCUGACCCCAAAUCGAGUUUUCUUGGCUGGGGCCCUAGGUUAGAGAAAUGGACCAAAGCAGACCAGGCUGUCCUCGAUCUGGCGCACCCUCCCUGAGCCUCAGGUCGCUCCUCUGCAAGGUGGGAGUGAACUCACCAGCUUGCAGGUUCAUUCAGCUGUGACCUGUCCCUUUGGCGCCCCCUGGAGGCUGUGCCCAAAUCUGGCUUUAAAUUAAGAGGAGCCCCACCAAGGAAAAGGAAGCUGGGUUCCCCAUCAGGACGUCCCAGCCUGGCAAAACCCUGGAGUAAAAGCUUGGUAUAGAGCCUUGCCAAGUAACUCCAUGGAGGGAGGGGAGACUCCCUCUUGAACUCAGGAAGUCCCAGCUCAGGCAGCCACAGUUUGGGGGUGAACCCCAGCACCUGCCUUAGAGGCCCUAGAGUGGAAGAGACCCAGCCACACACACGGGCAAUUUUCAACUUCAGAGACGAAACAUAAUUGCUAUCUCUGCAUUGUCAAGAUCUCACACACCUGACAAGGGGCCACUAAAGACUCUAUGACCUUUGUGAAUAGAAUCUAGUUCCCGCUUCUCUUUUCCAAUGCCUAAGUCCCUGGCACAGGUCCUGUGUAGACAGUGUGCAAUGCCAUGAGGUUCAAGUUAGUGAUGACCUCUGGUUCCCAGGGUGCUGCCUGAUCCACUGCUAUGACAGGCCUUGUCUUGUUUUCUUCCCAGUCUUGUCUGUCCUGGAGGGUGUCUCCUAAUCACUCUCAGUUCUAUCCGUCGUCGCCUGUACCCUGGAGCCUGUGCCUUGGGAGGCACCACCCUUUGAGCUAGAGCUGAUGGCACCCUGUGCCCAGCCUUUCUGGGUGAGGGCACGUAUGGCUCUUGGCCUCUGGGAAGUUCCCAGUGCCAGAGUGCUGGGGCUUUCCCGUGUGAAAGAUGAAGGAGCAGAGAGGUCUAAUUCCUAAUGCAUUCUACUGCUUAACUGUAAAUGUUUAACAAAUAUCUGAGCCUGUAUUUGUCAAUACCAAGAAUUUCAAAGUCGCCUCCAACAAGACGUGGUUUCAGUAGGUUUAUAUUCCUUCUCCUUCCUUCUGUUGCCCAGGUUUUGCAGAUAUAAUUUGGAAUUAUAGUUAUGGCUUAUUAUUCAAUUUA